AUGUUUUUCGCAUUUCUUACCUACCCCUAUGCGGAGUUAAUGUUCGAGAAGUUGUCCUUGGAGACCAACCCAUUGAAUGAAUCCAAAUUGGUUUGGGAUGCACUUCCACAUGCUUCUUUAGGUCAUAAACAUCACGCCGUCUUUUCUUUUGCGGUAGAAAGCCCAAAAUACUGCAGUUCGUCAGCCAGCGGCAGUCCGUCGCCCUCCUCUGAGACCCCUUCCAACAACACUUCUCCUGCCCACAUCCCCGCACCCCUCAGGCCAUCGAAAGCAUCGGAUGAAACAGAUUCACAAAGCACACAUUCACGAGAAACCCCGAACAGAAUGCCAGUAGAUUUGCCUCGCGGAGGACAUGCCGCCUGCGAAGAAAGAAAUGCGAUGAACAACGAGAAGGGCAACUCCUGUCAUACCUGCAAGCGGUUGAGAAUAGAUUGUCUGGGGUGGGGAACAAGACGCCCAGAAUGGAUGCGCGACAAGAAAGCUGUUGAAGAUUACAAGGCUGGCAUCAAAGCUCAACUAACACGAGCUGGCCUCAUCCGCGGUCAGCCCAAAUCGUCGAUACUCCAAGCCACUUCAGCGGGUCCAUCAUCUACAUCAUCAUCUGUUUUUGCUUCGCGACGGCUUCAAGGAUCUGCAAGUUCUUCAGGGUCUUCUCGAGUCAACGAUUUGGGAAUACCAGCGUAUGUCGAUCAAUUGGCCGACUCAACCGGGAUGUCCGUGUUUGCCCUUCCGGCUCUCUUCCCUCACACCCAUCGCCCGUGGCGGAAAUGCACUUUCAUCCCUGACUUCGACACCGCCACCCAAAACUUGUAUGACCCUCCAAUGACAUCCAUACCAGACGAUGGCUUGCAAAUGGAGCACAUAUUUUAUUACUUCGAGCAUGUUCGGCAGUUGCAGUAUGCCUUUGCUGGCAAUUCUGAAGCAAAUAUAACAUAUUCACUUGUAUUACAACACCCACAAGGCCCUGUGGCAAACGCUAUUUCCGCAUUAGCAUCAUUGCACUUCAGUUUGAUUCGCAUCGCCCACGGUUUCGAGGCGCCAAACCCCAACCUGGAGCACUCACCGGCAAUCCGGUUCUAUGAUAGUGCACAUCAACAGAUCUAUAGAAACAAGCAGACAACGCUAAGCGAAUCCGACGCAAACGCAGCCAUCCACAUGUUGAGCUUCUCGCUCAUGUCAGGUGGAGUGACAGAUUGGCGUCCGAUGUUAGAUAUUGCCAGCGAGUGGCUUGUGAGGACGGGGAUAACAACGAGCGACAACCCAAAGUUGAUGAUGAUAAACAUGAACGAGGCAUCACGACUGGCACUGAAAGCCACAAUAACUAAGCUCACCCGAAGCACGCAGUGGUGUGAUAUCAUGUCAACCCUAGCCCUGAAAACGACGCCAAAGCAUCUAACCUUCUACCGGCGACUGUUCCACAGAGGAUCGUGUUACUGGGGUUUGGCGCAGCAGGGCAUCGGUGACGAGUCAGCCCUUCGUAUGGAUAGCUUGACUGGUUGUCCGGACGAAGUACUUCUCGGUAUCGCGGAGAUAGCAACGUUAUCGUGCUGGAAGACGCAAGAACUUCGUAAAGGUUCUUUGAGCAUGAGAGAGCUCAUCCGGCGAGGGGACGUAAUUGACCACCACCUUCGUACCCAAACAGAGGCAGCGCUAUCAGCAGAAGGGGAUCAGACGCCAUUACAUCCUGAAUUAUUAUCAAUGGUUGCUGAGCAUGGCAAUGUACAAAAUUCACCUCCUGGACACGCGGGCACAUCCCUUCCUGCGGGUGACACUCGGAGGAUAGUGGCUGAUAUCUUCCGAGAAGCAGCCAUCCUCUACCUACAUACAGUGCUCAGCGACCCUAAUCCAGGAGUGCCCGAAAUCGUGAAUUCGAUAGAUGUCAUUGUACAAUUAUUGAACCAGCUGCCCGCGUCAAAUAUCGACCGCUGCCUAGUGUUCCCCAUAUGUCUGGCUGGGUGUCUCGUGGACGAUCCCAUGAAGCGCGAGUUUCUGACAUCACGGUUGCAAGGUCAACACGAUGGCUUUGGUAACACCAGUCAGACUCUGCGAGUCAUGCAAACAGCAUGGCAAAAACGGGAUAAUCAAGGGGGGAAAGUCGAAUGGCAAGACCUGCUCCAUAUCCAAGGGCGUUAUUUGCUCCUGCUAGUUUAA